AUGCUACUGGAGCAAUCAUCUUGUUUUUUUAUCAUAUGGGGAUCUUUCUUCUUUGGUGGACUUUCAAUCACGAUCAGUGCAGCCAGAGUGGUAUAUGCUCUGUCAAGAGAUGAAGGGAUUCCUUUUUCAUCCAUAUGGCGAAAAGUCCACCCGAAGCAUAAGGUUCCUUCAAAUGCAGUGUGGCUUUGUGCAGUCAUCUGCAUUCUUCCUGGGCUCCCAAUUUUGAAAAUCAAUGUGGUCUUUACGGCUAUAACUCCAAUAUGUACAAUUGGAUGGGUGAGUAGUUAUGCAGUUCCAAUCUUUGCAAGAAUGGUGAUGGCUGAGAAGAACUUCAAACCAGGGCCCUUUUAUUUGGGUAGAGUGAGAAGACCAGUUUGCUUGAUAGCCUUUCUAUGGAUUCGUUACACAUGCCGUGCCUUCCUUUUGCCUACUUUUUACUCGAUUACUUGGGCUGCUUUCAAUUAUGCCUCGGUGGCAUUAGGUGUGGGUUUAAGCCUCAUAAUGCUUUGGUGCAUGUUGGAUGCAAGGAAAUGGUUUAGAGAUAGAAUCAUAGAGGGUAAAGCUGGAAUUGCACCUACAGUUGAAGAAUUGGCUAGAACCAAGGCUGAUUUGCAACAUGCAGCUGCCAUUGAGUAUGAGAAGAAUGGAUAUGCAGAGAAUUACCAGCAUGGUCAGCUGAUGGAGAAUAACCUGAUCUCAAUGGCCAGGGAGUUGGAAAAACUUCGUGCAGAGUUUGCUAAUGCUGAUAAAGGAGCCAGUGCUGCUGCUUCUGGUGGGAAUCCAGGUUAUAGUGGAAACUAUGGCGGCCCUGAAACUGGAUAUGCAGCAAAUUCUUAUCUUACAAACUAUGGCAUGAAUCCGAUACUGGCAAGCGCAGAAAGUUUUCCUCAAUACGAACCUGGACCUGGUUCCUGGGGUGCAUACAAUAAACAGCAGCUCUCUUAG